GAUUCCCUAGUAUCUUGAUAACCUAUGAUUAAUACAUAUCGUUCGAAGGCUUUCGUUGAACACGAUAUUUCGAUUUUCUAUAUCUGACAGAUUAUCUUAAGGAUGGAUGUACAAAUAAAUUGUACGAUAAAUCGAUGUUGCAUCCAUUCUAACACGCGGUAUAAGAUUAAUAGAUAUAUUAAUCAUUAAUUAGCGAAAUGUUUUGAACUGGAUUUCUUGAUUAAUCGCCAAACACAACCACGAGCCACGUUGAUCUAUACAAACUUUGACAUUUAUGCGAAUGGUCGGAUAACAACUGGUUAUUGAGUUGAUAAGGUCUCAGUUGGAAUCUUGACUUCGAGGCAGUUUCUAUAUUGUUUCUAUAUUGUUGUUUUCGUGAAUCGAGAAAAUCAGGGGAAACAUGUUCAAAAAUUACCAUUUUUUUUUCAUACUGGUUAUAACCUUAAUUUUCUUGUGUUUCGGCGAGGCGGACAUUAAGAAGGAUUGUCGGAAAGAAUCGAAAGUUUCAUGGGUGGCGUUGAAAAAGAUGAAAGCUGGAGAUAUGGAGCAGGACGACCAAAACUUGAAAUGCUACUUGAAAUGUUUCAUGACGAAACAUGGUAUUCUGGACAAGAACGCAGAAGUGGACGUGCAAAAAGCACUUCGGCACCUUCCACGAAGCAUGCAAGACUCGACGAAAAAAUUGUUCAACAAGUGUAAAUCUAUCCAAAAUGAAGAUCCUUGCGAGAAAGCCUACCAAUUGGUCAAAUGUUACGUGGAAUUUCAUCCCGAGGUUUUGCAGACCGUCCCUUUCCUUUAAAACUCCUCACUGAGAGAGUGGUAGCCGCAGGGGAAACGCUCGAGUAUAUUCAAGAAAAGGAGACGAAUUCCGUUUUCGCGUAAUUAUAUAUGCGAUAAGAAAUAAAAAAAAAAAAAAAAAGAAGAAAAGAAAAAAAGAAAAAAAAGAAUAGAGGACUAAUGCA